AUGGACUCGGCCACGGACCAGACGAUCCUCCGUCAUGAGGUCGCCGAAGUGGCUUUCGGCUUCUACAGCGACGCAGAGAUCCGGAACCUCAGCGUGAAGCAGCUCACGAGUCAUCUGAGCUUCGACGCGCUCAAUAACCCCGUCAUAGGCGGGCUGUAUGACCCGGCACUCGGACCCGUGGACUUCAACAUGAUUUGUCCCACGUGCCACCAGACGCAGAAAGAGUGUCCAGGCCAUCUUGGCCACCUUGAGCUGCCUGUACCGGUGUACAACCCGGUGCUCUUCACCCAGAUGCUGAACUUGCUCAAGCGCAAGUGCUUCGCGUGCCACAAGUUCCGCGUCGCCAGUUCGCGCUCCCGCGAAGUGCGUGUGAAGAUCCUUCUACUGGACAAUGGCUAUGAGAACGAGGCCAUUCAGCUUGGAGAGCUGCUCGAGCAGCGCAAUGGUGUGGAAGACGAGCCGCCGCAACGCACGAUCCAGCGCCAACAGGCGAUUCUUGACGAAUACGAACGCCUCGCGCUUUCUAAAAGUAGCAGCAGGAGCAAUGGUACAAAGGUGGAGUUGUUGCGACCGCUGCCUCGUCUUGCGGAAGUCGAGCGCGAGAAACUUGCAACUGAGUUUUUGAAAGGCAUGAAGAACAGGUGUGAAAACUGUGGCGCCAUUUCAUCGGCCAUUCGACAGGAUGCCAACGCCAAGAUCUUCCUCAAGGGACUUAGUGCACGCUCGCGCAAGCUGAACCAAUCGAAGAACUUGACAGUGACCUCAGCUUUGGAUACAAUUCGUGGCAAUGUGUCCGACAAGGACGACGACGUGAUGCAUGGCGAUGACUCUGAGUCGGAACUAGACGAAGUUGACAACGCGCACGCUUCCAUGGAGGAAUCUUCGUUGCGCAGCAAGUAUCUGCCCCCUUUGGAAGUGCAGUCGCAACUGCAGUUGAUGUGGCAGAACGAAGACGGUCUGAUGGAGUUGCUCUAUGGCGAUCGCAACAUUGCCAGCGGCCGAACGCCUGCACGAAAGUCUUGUGGUUGGCGAAAGUUCUUCCUAAACAUGGUUCCUGUUGCACCUUCGCGUUUUCGUCCACCUGUGUUUAUGGGUGACAAGCAGUUUGAGCACUCUCAGAAUGCUCAUCUGUCUAAGAUUAUGACGCUUAGUGACAGCAUUGUACAAAGCGAUAGCUACAAACGUCAGGGUGCGGCUACAUCGGAUGAGGAGGAUGCUGAAAAAGAAGAGCAAAUAAACCUUUCUCGCAAGCUUGCUCUAUGGACCGAACUUCAAACUGCUGUGAAUCUGCUCGUGGAUAGCAGCAAAGCCAAGCCGGGCGCUGAUGUUGCUCAGGGUAUCAAACAGGUGAUUGAGAAGAAAGAAGGCCUGUUUCGCAAACACAUGAUGGGCAAGCGUGUAAACUAUGCCGCUCGGUCGGUUAUUUCCCCUGACCCGUACAUUAGUACGAGUCAGAUUGGUGUGCCACUUCGUUUCGCCAAGACGCUCACGUACCCUCAGCCGGUGACGCCAUGGAACGUGGAGGAAAUGCGCCAGCUCGUUAUCAACGGGCCGGAUGUACAUCCUGGUGCGAACUUUGUGGAGAGCGAGAACGGCCGCCUGAUCGAUCUAAGCAAGCGUUCUCUGCAUCAGCGUGGAGCUAUCAGUAAGACGCUGCUUACGCGCUCAGCUAGUGCCCGAGGUACAAGCAAGAACCGUGUGAAGCGCGUUUGGCGUCAUAUGAAGACUGGUGAUGUUGUGCUGAUGAACCGUCAGCCGACUCUACAUAAGCCGAGUAUAAUGGCCCACACCACGCGUGUUCUUACGAACCCCAAGAUGCAGACAAUUCGCAUGCACUACGCGAAUUGUAACACGUUCAACGCCGAUUUCGAUGGUGAUGAGAUGAACAUGCACUUUCCCCAGAAUGAGUUGGCGCGCUCGGAAGCAUAUAACAUUGCGUGUAACGACAAUCAGUACAUUGUGCCGACGGAUGGUUCGCCGCUGCGUGGUCUUAUCCAGGACCAUGUCGACUCCGGUGUGAAGCUAUCCCAACGUGACACCUUUUUGACGAAGGAAAUGUAUAUGCAGCUUUUGUACAAUGCUUGGGCAAGCUUGGAAGAUGCUGGGGUGGAGAAGGCACACAUAGAAAUCGUGCCGCCUGCUAUUCUUAAGCCGGAUCUGCUCUGGACGGGUAAGCAGUUGAUUACUUCAGUUCUCAAGCUGCUGACGAAAGGUCUGCCGCCUCUGAACAUGAACAGUAAGGCUAAGAUUAAAGGUGAUUUGUACGGCACGACAAACAACGAGCACAUUGUGAUCUUUCGCGACGGAGAGCUGCUUCAGGGCGUUCUUGACAAGAGUCAAUUUGGUGCAAGCAUGUACGGUAUGGUCCACGCAUGUUACGAAGUGUACGGCGCACGCAUUGCAGCCGAUCUUCUAUCUGCGCUGGGUCGCUUGUUUACAUGCUAUUUACAGUUCGCCGGUCACACGUGCGCACUGGAGGAUUUGACGCUGAACCAUGCGGCCGAAAAACGUCGUAACAAGCUGGUUAGAGAGUCGGAGGUGAUGGGUGAAGAGGCGUAUGCCGAAUAUGCUGGUCUCACUGACAUGCUCGAGAAAAAACGCGCAUCUGAGAGAGACGGUAAGAAGCGCCGCAUGAACGAGGAGGAGCGCGUGCAGAUACGCGACCGCAUGCGUACUUUGCUCUCUGGACCUGAAGCUAGUAACAACGCUGAGGCUCUAGAUGCUCACAUGAUGGGCUGCGUGCACGGAUCGAACAGUGACAUUAUCAAGACAUGUCUGCCAUCGGGUCAGUCAAAAGCGUUUCCGAAGAAUAACUUCUCGCUAAUGGUGCUCACAGGUGCUAAGGGCUCGAUGGUAAACCACUCGCAGAUUUCGUGUGGUCUUGGUCAACAGGCUCUUGAGGGCCGUCGUGUCCCCAUCCUCUGCAGUGGUCGCUCGCUGCCUUCGUUUGAGCCAUUUGACCCUGCCCCGCGUGCUGGAGGUUAUGUGACGGACCGCUUUCUCACGGGCCUGCGUCCUCAGGAGUACUAUCAUCACUGUAUGGCUGGCCGUGAAGGUCUUGUUGAUACGGCAGUGAAGACUAGUCGAAGUGGUUACCUUCAGCGUUGCCUGAUCAAGCAUCUUGAAGACCUACAGGUUGGCUACGACCAUACUGUGCGUAACAGUGACGGUAAUGUGGUUCAGUUCCUGUACGGCGAAGAUGGGAUCGAUCCGGUGCAAAGUGCUAUGUUGUCCGGUAAGGAUGCGCAGUUUGAUUUUCAGGCGAUGAACCAUCGCAGUAUUUCGCACAAGUAUGGCAUCAAUGCCAAGUUCUUUGAGAAGACAAAGCUGGACAUCAUGAAGCCAAUCAAGCUUCAUCAGGAGGUUCGUGAAGCCAAGGAGAAUGACUACACCAGCACGUCAUCUCUUCUGAAACCUGGUGUGAAGGUUGUGGCUCGCCGAUUGAAGCAAGGAGAGACGAAGUGGAAACGUGGCCACAUUGAAACCGGCUUCCAUGCUGCCGAAAUCGUGGCGGUGGAUCAUGAUACUGAGGAUCCUCAGCAGUGCAAGUAUACUAUCAGAUACCUGGAUACUGGUAUGAAGGCGUUUGGUGUGCCUCGAACUACCAAGUUCAAGACGAGCAAGUCGACGAACUCCAUUCGUGCCAUGUCUGGUCGCGUCGAUAUCAUCAGAGUGUCGUUUGAGGAUCCGGUGCUGCAGAGUCUGCCGUUGAACGAGCACGUCGGUUUGAUUUCGGAGCGCAUUCAGGACAAGUUGCGCCAGUAUAACAAGCGGAAUCCUUCCAACUGGUUGGACGUGAUGAAGAAGAAAGACAAGAAGUCGAAAAAGAAAAGUAAGCGUGUGGCAGAGUGCGAGAUUGACCGCGAUGUCAUGAAGUCGAAGCACGCCGUAAGUCCCGACGCUUUCCAAUUUCUUGUAUGGGUAAACUACUUGCGUAGUAUGUGCGCUCCUGGUGAGAACGUCGGUAUCUUGGCUGCCCAGGGCAUUGGCGAGCCGUCUACACAGAUGACGCUCAACACCUUUCAUCUGGCUGGACAUGGCGCUGCUAAUGUGACGCUGGGUAUUCCACGUUUGCGAGAAAUCAUCAUGACAGCAAGUCAGCACAUGUCGACACCUAUGAUGACCAUCCCGCUUCGCGACGACGUGGAGUCUUCACGUGCACAGGAAGUGGAGCAGCGUCUGAACCAGGUUUCUCUUUCGGAGCUGAUCAACAGCACCAACGGCGUUCGUGUCAAGGAUCAGUUUCGUAAGAGCGAAAACGGCAUACUCUGGGUGCGCGAUUACCACAUUCGUCUGACCUUUUUCAAGCUCAAGGAAAUCAAACGCGUGUUUGGAUUGAAUAGCGAUCAGAUAUUCAACUCGGUCGGACGAGGUUUUGUAGGCAAGCUGCUCACGCUUAUUUGCCGUGAGAUGAAGAAGAGCGGUGUGGCCGUAUCUGCUGCGGCGGAGAAGGACAACUUCAGCGCGCUUUCGGCAUCUAAGGUGAACAGGAGGAAGAAGAUUGUCGAUGAUGAUGAUGAUGACGAUGAGCAGGGCACUCUCCGGUUUGGUAGCCGUGGCGAAGUUCAGGGCUACGGCGAGAUGGAUGAAGAGGAUGAGAAGAUUCGAAAGUCGCAGAUGACCAACGACGACUCGGAUAUCGAUGAUGAUACUUCGGGCAACAGAAAAAGUAGCGACUCGGGUGCUUCGGAUGAUGAUGAGCUGAUGGAGGACGGUUUUGGAAAUGGCUUUGAUAAGCACAAGGCAAAGACUUUUACCGCUAAUGGUAUGGAAGCCCUCGACGUAUCUAACAGUGUGCGCAAGAACCCCUACUUUGUGUUCUGUGGACGAAACGAGAAGGAGAACUUUGUGGAACUGCAUUUGCGUUUCCCGACGCACUUGAAAACGCUACUGAUGGUACCGCUAGUUGAGAGGGUCGCCAAGCAGGUGCUGGUGCAGUGCUGUCCGGGUAUUUCGCGAUGCUACCUGAUUAACCAGCGCAUUGGCGAGUUGCAGGAGGAGAAACCAUGUGUGCAGACGGAGGGUCUUAACUUCCAGGAGAUUUGGAGUUUCGACGACAUCCUGGAUGUUAACAAUCUUGCCACCAACGACAUCUACCAGGUGCUUCAGACGUAUGGCGUUGAGGCUGCACGGGCUAGUAUUUCCAAGCAGAUCACGGACGUGUUUGGCGUUUACGGUAUCAGCGUCGACCCUCGUCACUUGAGCUUGUUGGCCGACUACAUGACGACGCAGGGAGGAUACAUGCCGUUGAACCGUAUGGGUAUGAACUACAAGGGUUCGUCUCUGCAGCAGAUUACUUUCGAAACGUCGAUGAAGUUCCUGUCACAGGCCGCUUUGGGUGGUCUAGUGGACAAGCUAGAGAGUCCAUCUGCUCGCCUCGUGCUCGGCCAGCCACCGCGCGUGGGUACAGGCAGCUUUUCGCUUUUGCAGCCGGUUGCAAUAUAA